AUGUCCCCGAGCACUACCCUCCUACUGGUCGCUCUGUCGUGUACCUUGGUCGUUCCUUGGACCUCUGCCUCGGAGGGUGUCCAAGUGACCGUGGGAGGCCUCGGGGAAGUCCUGGGCUCCACCUCCUCAUCGGCGUGGACCUCCAGGACAAUCUAUCAGUUCCAGGGAAUCCCUUACGCCAAGUCUCCCUCCAAGGGAAAUAGGUUUAAGCUGCCGAUCCCGUCAGGAGGCUGGAGUGGUGUCCUGAAUGCUACUGUGUUCAGAAACAAAUGCCCUCAAGCCAACAACGAGAAGGAACUGCUAGAGCUGCAGCAGAGAAUCGAGAGGAAUGAAGAUGUCGAGGACUGUUUGCAUUUGAAUAUUUACACGCCUCGGGUUCCUCUCAACAAUACUUGCAGCACGUACUUGCCUGUCAUGUUCUACAUCCACGGAGGAAGUUUUCGAGUUGGGUCUGCCAGAGAUUUUCUUCCUGAUUUCUUUCUGGAGGAAGACAUAGUCCUAGUUGUGAUUCAAUAUCGCCUGGGACCUUUAGGUUUUCUGUCGUUUGGAACCGAGGAAGCCCCUGGAAACAUGGGUCUGCAUGAUCAGCUGAUGGCGCUUCACUGGACCAAUCGUCAUGUGAAUCAGUUCUGCGGGGAUCCUCGUCAAGUCACCAUCUUCGGACAGAGUUCCGGAGCUGCUGGCGUCACACUACUCAUGGCCAGUCCUUUAGUGACUCCUGGCCUGUUCCAGCGAGUGAUCGUUCAAAGUGGCUCCGCCUUGUGCGACUGGGCAGUAGACUUCAGUCCUGUGGAACAUGCAGAGACCAUCUCUAGGAUGUCCAGGUGUGACCGGAAAACUCACCAGGAGAUGGUGGAAUGUCUGAGGAACCAGUCUGUCUACCAGCUGCUCAUGGCUCAUUCUGACUUUCUGACAGAGGUUCUGAUCAACGAAGGCAGAGCAGUGAGGGGAAACAACGGGGGAAACCACGCAGUGGUGGAAAAACCGGGGAAAACCAGUUUCUUGGUGGAAGAUCCAAGAGUCAGUUUCCAAGAUGGCCGCUUUGUCAAGGUGCCAAUGAUGGUCGGUGUGACAAAACAUGAGGGCAGCUUUUUCCUUGGAAAUAUACAUGACUUCAUCCUGGAAAGGAACAAUGCAACAAAUAACACAGAUUAUCUCAUUAACGACUUCUUGAAAGCAACUCUUCAGUUUAGUGGGAUCGACGACACCACUGGAGCAAUCACUGACGUUUUCUUAGACAAGUACUUCAAGAUAGAAGAGAUAGGGAACUUUACAGCGAUGGUUCCAGGCUUAGUUGAUAUCUGCGGAGUGACUCUAUUGAAAGCUUGCACUCUACAGCAAGCUCGACGCAACGCUCAUCUGGAACCAACCUUCCUCUAUACCUUCAACUACAAGGGACAGUACACCAAGUUCGGCCAGGGAGAAGAGGCCCAUCACUACCCCUUUCCAGGAGGUGUGGCUCACUCAAACGAUCUACUCUAUUUAUUCCCCAACACUGACGGAAACCUGACUGGAACUGACAGAAAAGUGGCCCAGACGAUCGUACAACUGUGGACUAGCUUUGCUGCAGAUGGAUAUCCAAAAUCAUCACACAUGAGGGGAUCGUGGCUUCCUAUGACCACUUCGGUCGGACCUUACCUCAGAAUUGACGAUGAUCCGUCUCUAAGGGAGAACUUCUACGUAGAAUACAACAUAGCUGCAACCGAAGGGUUGGACGUGUACAUGCAAGAACUAUCUAGAGCUUCCACAUUGAACUUUGUUCACAUAAAUAUAUUUGUAGUAAUAUUGAUUAAUGUUACUUGUAGAUAAACUGUUAGGUUCAAUAAAUCCGUUGUGACAGGGUUAUGAAAACUGUACUUAAAAGGUGAUAGAAAAGCUUUUUCAGAGUUUAAAGAGGCCUAAGAUGGCAAUAUGAUGGAGUUCAGGACCUGCUGUAUAAUAUAUAUUUUUGGCAUUUAUGCUGAUUCCCAUCCUUGAAUCCAAAGCUUUAAAAUUCUACUUAUACCUAGAUUUAAAUUCUAGAUUUUAAAUUCUACUUUACCUAGAGGUGAAAAAGUUAUUGGAAAGUUUGUUGACUAACUUUAAACUUACUAGGCCUGAUAUCAACAUCUACAUGAAUUUUAACUUAAUGUUUACUGUAGUAGUCACACAAGAUAUUCAUCAGAAAAGUACAAACUAGCUUACAGUUGUUUUUAAGCAUUUCAUACAUGGAAUAGAAAAUGACUACUUAGCAAUGUAAAUUGGGAUGGCAGCAAUGGACAUUCCAAACUACAAAAUGAAGGUUUUUGAUUUCCAAAUAUAUUUUCUUACUGUAAUAUCCUUCUAAAGACCUUUUUACUUUCAGAUAGAGGGUAAGCCUCACAUAUUAUACUGUCAUAUAUUAGGCAAUGUAUAUACACACAUCUGAGUCGUUUGUAAAAAAAAAUUGUAAAACAAGCCCUUGAAUUUGAGGACCAUUUAAAGAGAAAUGGCUUAGAAUUCAGACUUUUCAAAUAUUUCUUAUUCUUAUAAAUUUCAUCUAAGUAUACAAUAAUAUGUUUAUAUCUAUGUAAUUUACUGUAGGCGUAUACAUUUAAAUUUGAAUGGUACGGCAGGGAAUAAUAGAAAAAUGAAGGGCUGUUAGUUAAACAUACCUACCUAUGAUUUAGUGUUCUUAGUAGAUUAUUUUCUAAUGACAUACUAUAGUUCGGCCGCUUAGAAAACGACCUGCACGCUAAUGCUAAACUAAUGCUGGGGGAGGUCGCUUUCUAAGUGGCCGAACUAUAGUACUCUUAUUUUUGCAUUGAAACCACAAGCAAGUUCUAGUUUUACUGGACAAGAAUAACCAAUGAUAAGUAAGAUUAAUGUGUAUUAGUAAUACAAACUAAAUUUAAACUAUAAAUAGAUGAUAUGUUUUAUAUCCAAAUUUAGCUUUAGGUAGUAGAUAUGUAUUUACUUUAAUUCAGUUUGUAGUUUUGCUUUUAGUAGUAGGAUGUUUAUUUUUUUAAUU